GCAGCUCCGCCUCAGGGGCGGGAGAGCGGGUGGGCGCUCGCGCAGAGGGACAGCGAGGGAAUGUCGGUGCUUGUGUCCCCUUUGCAGGUUGUCUAAAAAAGGCAAAAUCUGUUGCUUAAUAUGAAGAAAAGCAGAGGUCGGACAGGUCGAAAGAGAAGAAGAAAACACUUGAAGAGUUUUAUGAAUGGAGUGAACUGUAGUCACAAGCUGGAAUACAUUAAACUUAAGAAGUGGCUAAAAGAGAGAGGAUUUGAAGACAGUAAUUUAAGGCCAGCAGAGUUCUGGGGGACAGGCAGGGGAUUGAUGACAACCAAAGCUCUCCAGGCAGGAGAUGUGAUUAUUUCACUGCCUGAGAAGUGUUUGCUCACCACCAGCACCGUGCUCAGCAGCUGCCUGGGAGGGCACAUUGAGAGCUGGAAGCCGCCUGUGUCCCCCGUGCUGGCCCUGUGCACGUUUCUGAUGGCAGAGAAACACGCUGGGGCCAGAUCUCCAUGGAAGCCCUACCUGGAUGUUCUGCCCCAGACUUACACCUGCCCUGCCUGCCUGGAGCCUGCUGUCAUCGAUCUCCUCCCAAACCCCUUGAAAAAGAAAGCUCAGGAGCAGAAAGUGAUGAUCCAAGAGCUGUUCAGAUCUUCCAGAGCUUUCUUCUCUUCCCUGCAGCCUCUGUUUGCUGAGAGCACGGGGAGGAUUUUUAAUUUCCGUGCUUUGGAGUGGGCUUGGUGCACUGUAAAUACCAGGACAAUCUACAUGGAACGUCCCCGCAGGGACUGUUUCUCCCUGGAGCCAGAUGUUUAUGCACUGGCACCAUAUUUGGAUUUGCUAAACCACAGCCCAAAUGUUCAGGUCAAGGCUGGGUUUAAUGAGCAGACAAGGAGCUAUGAAAUUUGGACAAAUUCCCAAUGCAAAAAAUACCAGGAAGUUUUGAUCUGCUAUGGACCUCAUGACAACCAGAGGCUGCUGCUGGAAUAUGGAUUUGUUGCCAUGGACAACCCUCACAGCAGUGUUUAUGUCUCAGCAGAUAUUCUCCUCAAAUAUUUCUCACCACUGGACAAGCAGAGAAAGGCCAAAGUUUCCAUUCUAAAGGAUCAUGGUUUCCUAGAGAACCUGACCUUUGGCUGGGAGGGACCAUCCUGGAGACUCCUCACAGCCCUCGAGGUGCUGAGUCUGGCAGCAGAGCAAUUUGCCUGCUGGAGGAGGAUCCUGCUUGGUGGUGUCUCUUCAGCCAGCAAUGAGCAGCAGGCUUUGGCUGCAGCAGCAAAAAUUUGUCAGUUUUUAAUAGAGGAGACCCAGCAUGUCCUUGUCCAGAUUUCCCAGUUGAAAAAGGACAAAGAGAACCUCAAAACCCACCUGGCUCUGGUGGAAAUGCUGCGCUCAGAAGACCUCAAGAUCCUUCAAAAAUCAGCUGAGAUUCUUUGCAACCUGAAUUUAGGAACAGCUUGAGCCCCCUGGAGCUGUGACAGCUGUAAUUGCUCAGGGAUUAUUCCCAGAUUAUUUCUCUUUUAAUGGACUUGAGCAGCGAAGAAUAAUUAAAAAAUUAAUCAGAAUAAUUUUGUUCUUUGCUGUCCUGCACACAAAAGGUUCUGCUGAAGUGGAGAGCUUGAGCUCCUUGGUUUGGAGAAAAGAGAAUUUUUUUAAAGAUAAUUUCAGGGCAGGACCCUUAUUUAAACUGCAGAAACUUCAUUUGGAAUUGGGAUUCUCUUGUGAUUAUUUUCCAUGAUGUGAUUUUAAAAAGUGUUUAUUUUUAUAAAUACAUUAUUUCAUAUUUUACCAGACUUGUCUGUUUUAUUUUUC